GUGUAGACCGUGGGAGUGGGACCCACAUAUCAAAUUGCUUUCUACAUAUAAAUAGAAGGCAGUCGAAGAAGAAGGAAGAGCAUUCCGAAGUUAAAGAUGGCGGAAAUUUUUGAUAGUGAUAAUAAUCUCAAGAAGAAUCGAGUAUUUAGGGUUUCAAUGUGUGGCGAUGCGAAAGAACUCGAACAGAUGUCCAGAGACGGCAGUCACUACAGUCUAACCACCGGAAUUUUACCCUCGCUCGGUGCUCGUAGCAAUCGUCGUGUUAAACUUCGUAACUUCAUCGUCUCCCCUUACGAUCGCCGUUACAGGGCAUGGGAAACAUUUCUAGUUGUACUUGUACUCUACACUGCGUGGGUGUCCCCAUUCGAAUUCGGUUUUCUUGAAGAACCACGAAAACCGCUUUCAAUUAUUGACAACGUUGUCAAUAGUUUCUUUGCUAUUGACAUCAUUCUUACGUUCUUCGUAGCAUACCUUGAUAAAAACACCUACCUUCUUGUUGAUGAACACAAACAAAUUGCAUGGAGAUAUACAAGCACUUGGCUAGUAUUCGAUAUCAUCUCCACAAUUCCUUCCGAAUUAGCCCACAAGAUUUCCACCGGAUCCUUACAAUCCUAUGGAUUGUUCAACAUGUUUCGACUCUGGCGUUUACGCAGAGUCAGCGCCUUAUUUGCCAGAUUGGAGAAAGAUAGACAUUUCAACUACUUUUGGGUCCGAUGUGCGAAGCUUAUUUUUGUUACCCUAUUUGCGGUUCACUCUGCGGGGUGUUUCUACUAUUAUCUUGCUGCUCAUUAUCCAAACCCGGGUAGGACUUGGAUCGGGUAUGAUAAUGAAGGGUUUAAACAGGAAAGUUUGGGGGUUCGUUACGUGACAUCCUUGUAUUGGUCAAUUACAACUCUCACCACUGUGGGAUACGGAGAUUUGCAUGCUCAAAAUAGAAGGGAGAUGAUAUUUGUCAUAUGUUACAUGCUUUUCAACCUCGGAUUGACUUCCUAUCUCAUCGGAAAUAUGACAAAUUUAGUUGUCCAUGGCACUAGUAAAACUAGACAAUUCAGGGACUCGAUUCAAGCGGCUUCGAGUUUUGCUCAUAGAAAUCAGUUGCCGGUUCGUUUGCAAGAUCAGAUGCUUGCGCAUUUGUGUUUGAAGUUUAGAACGGAUUCAGAGGGUCUUCAACAACAAGAGACUCUUGAUUCACUCCCGAAAGCCAUCCGUUCAAGCAUUUCUCAUUUCCUUUUCUAUUCACUUCUUGAUAACGCCUACUUGUUUCGCGGCGUCUCCAACGACUUGCUUUUUCAGCUGGUCUCGGAAAUGAAAGCGGAAUAUUUUCCUCCAAAGGAAGAUGUUAUUUUGCAGAACGAAGCGCCAACGGAUUUCUACAUACUUGUUACGGGAGCAGUGGAAUUGAUUGUUAUGAAAAACGGAGUCGAACAGGUUAUAGGUGAAGCAAGACCUGGUGACCUUUGUGGUGAAAUCGGUGUUCUUUGUUAUAGACCACAACUGUUUACAGUUCGCACCAAAAGAUUAAGCCAGUUAUUACGAUUAAACCGGACCACUUUUUUAAACAUUGUUCAAGCUAACGUUGGUGAUGGGACAAUCAUUAUGAACAAUCUUCUCCAGCAUUUGAAAGACGUAGGUGAUCCACAUAUGGAAACGGUGUUGGUGGAGACAGAGAACAUGCUGGCACGUGGCAGGAUGGACUUGCCUCUAAGUCUAUGCUUUGCUACACUUAGAGGAGACGACCUUUUGUUGCACAAAUUGCUUAAGAAAGGUCUUGACCCAAAUGAAUCCGACAAUAAUGGGAGAACCGCUUUGCACAUAGCGGCGUCAAAAGGAAGUCAAAACUGUGUACUUUUGCUACUAGAUUAUGGAGUAGAUCCCAAUUGUAAAGAUUCAGAAGGGAGUGUUCCAUUAUGGGAGGCGAUAGUUGGUGGCCAUGAAACGGUGAUUGGAAUUCUAGCGGAUAACGGCGGCACUUUAUCUUCCGGCGAUGUGGGCCAGUUUUCUUGCAUGGCGGCUGAACAAAACAACCUAGAUUUACUCAAAAAGAUCAUUCGUUAUGGAGGUGACGUGACGCGUCCUAAAAACGACGGCUUGACGGCUCUUCAUGUCUCUGUCAGUGAAGGCAACGUUGAGAUGGUGAAGUUUCUAUUAAGUCAAGGAGCUAAUAUUGACCAAGUAGAUGGUCACGGGUGGACCCCACGAGAUUUGGCGGACCAACAAGGACAUGAAGAUAUCAAGACGCUUUUCCAAUCUGUAAUAGUUGACCACCAGUUGACCAAACCGCCACCUGUACCACUCGUUUCCAUUCCCGAAGACACACGGGCGCGUCAUUCGCCACAUGUACAGUUUCUCGGGCGGUUCAAAAGUGAGCCCACGAUGACUCGGGCAGGCCCGGAUACAGACGAUGUGUCAGGGUCAGGAUCAGGGUCAUGGAGCCGGUCAAGGCGGAGGCGUAGAAGUGAUAAUUUCCAUAAUUCGCUUUUUGGUAUUAUGUCAAAUAAGAGAGAAGGUGAGAAUAGUAUAGAUUUGGUGUCCCCUAAGCCUACAAGCAUUGGAGGUGGGUGGAGAGAGAAGGAGAAGGAGAAUCCGGGCAGGAUUGUUGUGAGCUGCCCGGAGAAAGGUGAUGUUUCGGGCAAGCUUGUUAUGUUACCGAAGACGUUUGAGGAGUUGGUUGAAAUUGGAUUGAAAAAGUAUGGUUUGUUGGGGGCGAGGGUUGUGAAUAAAGAAGGUGCUGAAGUAGAUGAAAUAGAUGUUGUUAGAGAUGGUGAUCAUUUGGUAUUUGUGAGUGAUGCAAAUCGGAUGAGCGAACAAGAUGGUGAAAAUCUAAGAUAA